AUGGGAAUCGAGUCGAAAUGGAAGGCAGCAGCCUUGCUGACAUGGCUUCUUGCUGCAGAUAGUGUAUACUGUUUGCCGAACCUGCGUGUUGGGGCUUUGGCAGAAGAGAUUCUCCAACAAACAGCUACCCAGCCCGUGUCGGCUUUUGAAACACAGUAUCCUCCAUCAAACGCGGAGGAGAGAAUUCUCAUCCCGAAGGCUUCACCAGUCUAUCGCGUGGCUUUGGAGAAAGACGGUCAUUCAUCGCAAUUACCCUUCCCGGGACUUGACAUUCAUCGUUUACUCGACGAUAUCACUGGAUUGUUACCGACUCUCAAACACAAACACAAGACUGCUCCCACAACAGCUAAAUCUGUGACAGAAGCACCUAAGGUAACACAUACUGGAGAGAUAAAGAACGUCCUUGUUCCCACUGGUGCAACGGAUUUUCCUGAUACAACUGAUUUCCCUGAUACAACUGAUCUUCCUGAUCCAACUGAUCUAUCUGAUAUAAUUGAUCCUACUGGUACAACUGAUCUACCCGAUACGACGGAUCCUACUAGUACAACCGAUCCUACUAGUACAGCCGAUCCUACUAGUACAGCCGAUCCUACUAGUACAUCCAAUCCUACUAGUACAGCCGAUCUACCUGAAACAACUAAAUCUACUGGUACAAUUGAUCCUACUAGUACAGCCGAUCUACCUGGAACAACUAAACCUACUGGUACAAUUGAUCCUACUAGUACAGCCGAUCUACCUGAUACAGCCGAUCCUACUGGUACAACUGAUCUCCCUGACCCGACUGAUUUGCCUGACCCAACUGGCCAAACAUCCGGCAUGAACAACCAAGAUAUUUUUCAACCGGUCGCGACUGGAGCACCCCCGGCCAACAUCAAAAGCCGUGAUGAUCACCCUGUGGCCAACAAACAUGCCAAUACUUCAGAGCCCAUUGAAACAAACAAGUUCUACGCAGGAUUGUUUUUGGGAACGCAGACAAAUGCUAGCUUCACGCAGCCUUACUCUGUGACAUGGUCCAAGGGAGCCGGCACUUUGAAGAGUUGGGGCAUAUCGGCAACCCACAUCGAGACCAACGUGAUGGCAUUCGGGCCCAAGAAUGACAAGAUACCCGGAUCACCUGUCGAGUACUACAUCAAUCCCGUUGGACUUCAGCAUAUGAUCCUCUCUGCCUAUGAGCUGGAUGGAUCAAGCGUUCUCACUGUUGAAGACCCUAAGGCGUUCUCUGCCCAUGCAGUGUUAAGAAAAUCCGCUGGGUCUGCUAAGUCAAUCACUUUUCCAAUCACACAGGGUAUGGGUUACAUCACCGGUGUAUACAAUGACCUCCAGCCGCUCAUCGAGAGUGGUGUCUUCUUCCGCAAGGUGGUAAAUGCCGGAUCCCCCAGGCCAGGGAUUUUCAAAUACCAGGUAACCCUGGAGGAUGAAACCCAUUGGCUUCUCUAUGCCGCCCCAGAAGAUGGUCAAGAUCCUCAAUUUAAGCUGGUCACGCAGUCUAGCAUCCGUGGCCCAACGGGAUACUCUGGCACCAUUCAGAUCGCCAAGAACCCCGCUGGAAAGGCCGGUGAGAAAUUUUACGACAACUCUGCUGGUGUGUAUGCUGUGGAUGGCCACAUCACUGGCUCAGUCACUGGUGACGUCGGAACAUACAACCUCUCGUGGACCAAGGCUGGAAAGUACGCGCACAAGAGCCCACUCAUCACGUUCGCCUUGCCACACCACAUCCAGUCCUUUGAUAGCAAUACCCAGGCUCGUGUGACGAACAUCCGUUUGCGAAGCACUACCAAGGGUAAUGCGACCGCAGUUAUUGGCGAGACUUGGACUAUGACCGAGGCAAAUCUCCCUGUCGACAUUGAUUUUGCUCCCUGGUCGACUACUGAUGGAACUGUGAACACACUUUCUGAAGCCGCUCGGCAGGCCAUCCUGAAAGUCGCGCCUACCGAAUUGCAACAAGACAUCCUUGCCCAGACUGAUCUGAACAGCAUGUACUACAGUGGCAAGGCGUUGAGCAAAUUUGCAACUUUGAUUUACACCGUGAACCAGCUUGGCAACAAUGCUGACCUGACUACCGGCGCUUUCCAAAAUUUGACGAAGAGCUUUGCCCGCUUUGUGCAGAAUGAGCAGCAAUUCCCCCUAGCCUAUGACGCUGUUUGGAAGGGUGCCGUCUCCACUGCUGGUUAUGCUGGAGAUCUGAACGCUGAUUUCGGCAACACUGCCUACAAUGACCACCACUUCCACUACGGGUACUUCAUCCAUGCUGCUGCGAUCAUUGGUGCCCUUGACCCAAGCUGGCUUGCAGCAAACAAGGACUGGGUUAAUAUGCUGGUCCGUGAUGCGGGUAACUCCGUGCAAAAUGAUGCCUAUUUCCCUUUCUCGCGUGGCUUUGACUGGUUCAAUGGCCACUCCUGGGCAAAGGGUCUAUUCGAGUCAUAUGAUGGCAAGGAUCAGGAAUCUACCUCUGAAGAUACCCUGUUUGCUUAUGCUGUGAAGAUGUGGGGACGUACAACUGGAGAUGCUAGCAUGGAGGCCCGUGGUAAUAUGAUGCUGGGCAUCAUGCGACGAAGCCUCGACAACUACUUCCUGAUGCAGGACAACAACACCAACCAGCCAGCGAAUUUUAUUGCCAACAGGGUGACUGGAAUUCUAUUCGAGAACAAGGUCGACCACACCACCUACUUUGGGAACAACCUCGAAUUCAUUCAAGGGAUUCACAUGCUGCCCCUCCUCCCACACUCUGGCUACAUCCGUCAACGUAGCUUUGUGACACAGGAGUGGAAAGACAUGUUCGCUGCUACUGCUUCAACACCAGCCUCCAAAGUGGAGGGUGGCUGGAAAGGUGUUCUGUAUGCGAACUUGGCUCUCAUUGAUCCGGGUGCAGCGUGGGACUUCUUUGCGCAGGACAACUUUGACUACAGUUGGAUUGAUGGAGGUGCAUCACGGACUUGGUAUCUAGCUUACGCUGCAGGUCUUGGCGCAAGCCCCUAG